AAGGCUGCACAAGCCUCUGGAAUUCUAGAGCUGUCGGACAUGCUGCAGGCGUGCCAAAACAUCGGAACCCAAGCCCAUAAAGCUGGAGUUCUGGCCGCCGCCCUGCGGAAAAGCGGGAAGGAGGGGAAGCGUUGUUACCGCUGUGGACUGGUGGACACUGGAGCUGACGUUACGGUGAUUCGUGAUCCGGAGUGGCCGGUCGGUUGGCCAACAGUUCCUUCUAAAGAGUUGUGGGGGAUCGGGGGUAGUAAACCCGGGCGCCAAAGUUUGUCUUGGGUCACGGUCUCUAAACCAGGAGGCUGUGUCCUUGCUACAAUCCGCCCUUUUGUACUCCCUGUCCACCUCAAUAUUUGGGGCCGUGAUUUACUUACAAAGCUGGACACCACCCUCAAUAUUAAUAUAUAAUGGCCCAAAAUCCUCCCUCACCCACCUUGCCAUCCGUAUUACCAUUGGUA